AUGCAGGAGGGUCUGCAAAAAGGACUGGGACACAACGACAGCAGACCUCAGUGGGAGCAGAACAGGGAGUGUCAUGCGGUGGCGUUGCUCCUCCUCUCCAUCUCUUCAGCAAACAACACGUUCCAAGUGAUCAGGUUUGUGGAAAAACCUCAACCCAGCCGGACCCCACCGCUCCCAGGAGGAGUCUGCUGUACCAUCAGAGCCGAAAUGGGACGGAAAGAAAUCAUCUGCAGCUGGAAGAAAAGCAUCGACAACAUCAAGGAUGUGUUUGACUUCAAAGCCAAAAUGGGAUCAGGGUCUUUUUCCGAGGUCUACAUGGUCAGAGAAAAAGCCACCGGGAAACUGUUCGCCCUCAAAUGUCUCCGAAAGAAGCACUUAGCUCACAGCAACCUAGAAAACGAAAUCAAUGUGUUGAGAAGGAUAAAACAUGACAACGUUAUUGGUCUGGAGGAUUUUUACGAGAGUCGGACGUACUAUUACCUCGUUAUGCAACUGGUGUCAGGAGGAGAACUGUUUGAUAGGAUUGUAGACAGAGGGGUGUACACUGAGAAGGACGCCAGCUUCGUAGUCAAACAGGUCCUGCAGGCUGUCAGCUACCUGCACCAAAACAGCAUCGUGCACCGGGACCUCAAGCCAGAAAACCUGCUCUACUACAACGCUGAUGAAAACUCCAAGAUCAUGGUCAGUGACUUUGGACUGUCCAAGACCCUGGACCACGGAGUCAUGUCCACGGCCUGCGGCACUCCGGGAUAUGUCGCUCCAGAGGUGUUGGCGCAGAAGCCGUACAGCAAAGCAGUGGACUGUUGGUCUAUUGGAGUCAUCACAUAUAUCCUAUUGUGCGGUUAUCCUCCAUUCUUCGAAGACAAUGAAACACGGUUGUUCUCAAAGAUCAUGAGAGCGGAGUAUGCGUUUCAUUCUCCGUUUUGGGACGACAUCUCAGAAUCAGCCAAAGAUUUCAUCAAGAAAAUGAUGGAGAAGAGCCCAGAGAAGCGUCUAAGCACCGACGAGGCCCUCAGGCACCCAUGGAUCGCUGGAGAUACGGCAAAAGACCACGACAUUUAUCACUCCGUCUGCGAACAAAUGGAGAGGAACUUUGCCAAAUCGAAAUGGAAACGAGCUUACAACGCGGCCUCCGCCAUCCACCAGAUGAAGAAGCUGCAGUUAUCCCACAGCAAAUCCUCAGCUGAAGACCUCUCCCCACCGCUGAUCACGGUCCAGAACCCCUCCCAGAACUCCUCCCAGAACCCCCUCCCUGUGGUGGUCGACCCAAAUGGAAACCUGGUCACGGAUCCCACCUCCAGCAGUGAGACCAGCAGGAGCCUGUGCCCCCCCCUCAGACCCACCCACAGCGAGCCCAGACAAGGCCCGUCCCCUGAAGUGUCCCGUGAGAUCCGCUGCUGUUAUUCUGAGAGUGACACCUGCCUCCAAGAAACCCACAGGAAAGACCUUGGUGCACCGUCUGGAGUGUGUUCAGUGAUGUAA